AGAAUUUAAAGAUGCUGCUUUAAUUGCUUCUAAAUUAUGGAAAAAUCUUAAUCAUGAUAAACAAGAAUGUUAUAAAUUAAUUUCACAAUUACAUCGAUUUGGAUCUGGAUUAAAUCUAUAUGAUUUACCUUAUAUUGAAAAUAUUGAUACUCUGGAUUUAUGGUGGGGAUCAAUUAAAACAAAACCUAGACAUUUGGCUAAACUUGCUAUCUGA